AACGGAAACAGCCCAUGUUAACUUACUGCGCGCCCGGAAAUUAAAGCCCAACGCAUGUCUACUGUUCGUCACCAUUAGGUGCACUGGGGCGGUUUAUACUCCACUAAUCCGUGUGAUUGGGGGUGGAUCCGAGUCGGAUUCACUCUCGAUUAAGAUGCGGAGUCAGAUCGAAUUCUUCGGCUAUAUAGUUUGCAGGUGCGUCUCUUGGAGGUCUCGUUUACCUCCUGAUCCAUUCCCCCCACCCCGCCUAUUGAUUGAUCUGCUCGCCUCCGCCAUUGUCGUUGUCGAUCUCUUCUGAAGGGUGAGCGCCGGCUGCGGCAGGGAGGCGUGUGUUGCUGCCGCAGAUCGAUGGAGGUGGAUGCCUCCGCGGUCGCAAGAGCACUACCAAGAGAUUUCCCUCCCAUCGAGAACUUGAGCUUCGAAGGCUUCCCCCGUUAUACUUUCAAGAUCGGCAACCGGAUCCACUGCACCAACUUGAUGUAUCGCCCAGGUAGUCGGACGCUAUUAACGCAGGAAGAAGCUCAUGAGAUCAUUCGCGAGGGCUUGAGGUCUGACAUUCGUCGGGGCCGCAUACAACUGAACGCCGACUUCUUGCAGCAGCUUGUUGAUCAGGUUCGCGAUCAUAUUCUUCAGCGUCAGCGCCGUGGCACUGCCACUGCCAUGGAUGGAGUAGUGGAGGUGGAGGAUGCGUACAGGAACGGUGGGUUCGGCGCUAUCCCCGCGUCGAGCAAGGCCAUGGCCGAGCUGCAGGAGGCGAUGGCAAGCGACGCCAGGGAACGCGGGUGCGCUGUGUGCCUGGAGGAUUUCGAGGCGGGAGAGAAGCUGACGAGGAUGCCCUGCUCGCAUUGCUUCCAUGCGACCUGCAUCUUGGAUUGGCUCCGCCUCAGCCAUCGUUGCCCGCUCUGCAGAUUCCCGAUGCCAACCCAAGACCAAUCUUACUAGGCUGUAAGAGGAUAACGCCGCGGCCAGAGAUGAAACAAAUCAUACAACUCUUGUGCUUACUCAUGCUCCAUCAAACACCAUUCCAUUCAUGUACCAUCUGUCAUUUAUGAUCGAAUAACUAAUCAUAUGCUGUGUCGGUGAACGUUCAUGACCAAAAAAAAUUGUUGCAAGUUUUUUUUUUUUGCCCAUUCAUUAAUUUAGAAGUACCAACAUCCUCUUUAAUCGUUAUA